CAAGCGCGUCUGGCAAGUCAAAAGGCGGUGGAUUUGUAAAGAAUUUUAGGAAUCCACGCAAAAUAAGUUAUAAUAUGGCCAUAACGAUGAAUGGAUCGUCCUAUGAAAAGCGAAUAAAAGCCGUAUACGACAAACAGAUUCGCCUGCAAGUUCGUGAGGCGAACGUCAUCAAGAAAGUGUCCAAAUUCAAGGGACAUUUGUUGGAUGUCAAAGAGGCCGUCGUUCGCCACCAACGGGAAGUGGGCAAAUUGCAAAAAGUGAUCAUGCAGCGGCGCGAGGAAGUGGAAAAGCGGGUUUCAUUCAUGGAGGAAUUGUCCAAGGACCUGGAGGCCACCAGACAAAGGAACUUGGUCCUGAAAGAGCAGAUAAAACAGCGCAAAAUGCUGGCCAGGAAGCGCGACAACGAAAUCAUGGAAAGCAUUCACACGCUGAAACAGGCCACAGGGACAUAUAUAAACAACGAUGCGUUGCCAGCACGUGUGAAAGGUGUCACUGCACUGCGAACUGCCGAUGGAGACCAGUUUCUACCCUUUAAUCUGAGGGCAACCGAUGUCGAAGGACUGGACUCGCUUUGUCAGCACCUUCAGACCUUUAACAUCGACGUGUCCCAGUGGCGACACCUCAUUUCCCUGGCCGCGGAAAUGUCUACGGACUCGCAUGCUACACCUACUACACCGCCCAAGGAGGCCACCAAGUUCAAUCCCAUAAUUGAGAUCGAUCUCACCUCGCCGACGAGUCAGACCUGACUUCCGAUUAGCCAACUAGUUUUGGCUGGUGAAGCCCCACUGCUGUAAUAACACCUCAAAUUGGCAUUAUAAAUAGUUGGCGACAAAAUAAUAGGACAUUUAAUUCUAAUCGCCGUUUAAGCCUAACAGUUAAAGCGAUUUAUUUGGAUCACCGCAGUUAUUUUUAGCGUGUUAAGUAAAACUUGUAAUUUUUUAAUUGGUCAUCAUAUUUUUCCUUUAUGUUUGAUUAGUUUUAAGUGUGAGCCUAAUAUUUUACAGAUUUCGAGUAAUCACCAGUCAUAUAAUAAUUAAAAUAUGCCUAUCGUUUACAACGUAUAUCUUACAAGGCAAAUAAAUCCCAUCUAAACAAUUA